UCUAACUUCAUGCCACCUAACCAAGUCUUGUGACAGAUGAGUAAAUAAUUUGUACAGUGUGCAGUGAAUCAUUUAACCCAUUACCCUGUAAAUAUUUACCAAUUAACCCGCUCCUAUUAACAGUUCUAAUAUAAAUAAACUACGUGAGUUUUUUUCCUUCCUUCCAAACACCCCAGGCCGAGAGUGAUUCAAUAUUUGGUUGUGUGAUACAGGUGUACUCGAUAUUUUCGUGAUUUUCAAAGAAAAAGUGCGAAUUCUUAAGUUAUAUACGAUUUGAAAUGGCCGAUAAGGAGGACUAUUUGACCAGUUACCGCGAAUUUUUCGAACAUUUCGCCAAAACUGUGAACCCACACGAUCAGCUGCCCGUCAAGUUGGGGAGCUACAAAUUGCUGAACACCGAAGUGAUUGGAGGCAUAAUUGAUUGGACCACCCAGUACUUAUCGCAAAAGCACUGUCCAGACCAUUUAUUUUCGCCGCUCAUCAAAGUGGUCAUCGAAGAAAUUAGGAAAGCCUGCAAGAAGGACCCGCUUAGUUAUGGUUUCAAUUCCAACGAUAAUGCGUAUGAACCCUUAAAGCUGAUGCAAGCUGUGAUGGCCAAAACCAACGAAGUUUGUCUACGAUACCUGGAUAACAGUCUGUUAUACUCCCUGCCUCCUCCGUCAAGUACCUACUAUGCGACCAGUGUGAGUGCGAAACGAAACAAGCGAAGAACAAUGGAAGAUCGACAUGUCGCCAUUCACGACUUGAAUCUUAUGUUUAAUAAUCAGGAAGCCAGUCCGUCCAGUUAUUAUGCAAUAUUCGACGGCCAUGCCGGCCACGAUGCUGCCGUUUACAGUGCUGCCCAUUUACACCAAUAUUUAGCGGAAAAUAAGAAUUUUAUCAAUAAGCCAGUGCAGGCCUUACUAGACGCAUUUUGCAAAACAGACGCUUGCUUUUUAGAAAAAUGUAGAGUAGAGCAUUUUAGCGGAGGCACAACUGCUGUAGUUGCCUUGUUGAGGCCCAAGGAGAAAGUUCUGUAUAUAGCAUGGGUGGGUGAUUCUCAAGCCUUGUUGGUCAAACAGGGAAAGAUUCUUCAAUGCGUCGAACCCCAUACUCCAUCUAGAGAUUCGGAGCGAGCAAGAAUUGAGCGCGAAGGCGGCUCAGUUAUGUUUUACGGCACCUGGAGAGUUAACGGCCAACUAGCGGUAUCUAGAGCUAUAGGCGAUGCCGCCUACAAGCCUUAUGUAACAGCAAUUCCUGAAGUUAUCGAUAUUCCACUGGAUGGUGGAGAGGACUUUUUGAUACUUGCCUGCGACGGAUUAUGGGACCACGUUAACGAGGAUGAGGCCGCUCAAACGGUGUACGACUUUAUAGCCGAAAGACCAGGUAAGAUUGUGUUUUGAGUGAUUUCAUGCUAAAGUAUGGCAUUUUGACUUUGACUAUUGGGACUGAAGAGGGCAAGCAAAACGCCCAAGUUGCUUUUAAUAUGCAACGUUUUGUAUGCUGAUGUAAUCUAUUUGAUCUUAAUAACCCCAGGAAUUGAUGGACCAGGUUAAAAUUGUGUCAAUUCUUGAUAUAAACUAAUAAAAUAGUAAAUUAAACUGAGGACUUAAAGUAGAAAGUUUUAUCGCCCGUCGCUCUCAUAACCGAUAAACUUUUCCUUUGCACCUAAACCCUUUGAAGUUGUCGUAUUUCUUGGCAGCGUCCUUAUAUGCUAGUGAUUUGACCCUUUCAAAUGAUCAGUUGGUCAAUUGGCUAAUGCCGCGUACUUUGUUGUCCUUCAGCCCUUUCAAUGAUCUUUUUAUUUCACACUUUUAUAUAUAUAACAUCUGGUAUUAGUUGGAUAAGAGUUUGUAAUUUUGGUCUAGCAGUUCAUAAUUUGAAGCUGCCGCUCUGAUCACUUGUUCCUUAAUACUUUAGGUUUUUGUGAGGUCCUAAACAUCACAAUUUUCCAUAUUUCUUCCUUAUGUUGUGCUAUAUAUCUUCUCACUCUUGUUCCAGUUUUUCUUUAUGUAGGGUGUUUCUUUUACAAUUUCAUUCCUUCACCAGUAAUUUCGUGUGCUGUUAACUUGUGUUUUUCAAUAUGUUGCUAUUAUCCACAUGUGUAUCUUAGUACAUAUCCCUUUUGUAAUCAAUGUUUGGCUCGAUUUUUUCGAUAUAACGACUCUGACUGUCUUCAACUGUAUAUAUUCACUAUCGGUAUUUAAUCGACUUCUUUUCAUUGAUAUAUUUUGUUUAUUUUUCUUUAAGCUUAUUUCUAAUCUUUUUUUGUUAAUCUAUCAUCCCUGCAAUCGAUACAAUGCCUAUAUACCCAUAUUGUCUAUUUUAUUGUGAGUGUUUUCUUCGGGACUCAGCCGCUUCCAUUUUUUUCAUGGAAAUUUAGAUUCGAGACCCUCAUUCCACGUCUCUUCGGCAAAUUUACAAGAUUUUCCUUUCUCGUUUUUAGUCAGCGGCGGCGUAUUUUCCGUAUGUUAUUUGUUCUUUGGGAUGGGGAUGAUGUCUAUAUAUUGAAUAUUUUUAUCGCAAAACAUGAUUUAUAGGAAGAUAUGGAUUUGAUAAUUGGAUAUUUUGCACACUGGUGGUUUGCGAUAUUUUUAAUGGUGCAAGAUUUUAGCGAUAUAAGACUUUUCUUUUCCCUUAUAAGCUUUCUUGGUAUUUGAACUGAAAGAUAUUGAGUGCCAUGUUACCUACAAGUUGAUAUAUUUUUUAGAGAUGAGAGACAGGUGAAGAAAAUUUUCUUGAAACUAUAUACUAGGGGCUGUUAUAGUGGGUGGCUCAAUGUAUAGUAGCACAUACCCAAACGGUCGAUGUAAAACCGUAUUUUAACGCAAAACUUUUUUAAUUACCUUUUUUAUUGCAAUGAAACAAAAUAGCUACUUUGUCACCCUGUAGUUUAAAAACGGAUAAGGUUUUAGGAUAUGUUUAUAUAACUUUCUGGUCUUAAAAUAAGGUUUUAUAUAAAUCAUCGAAGUUAUGUUUCAAGUGACUCACUCCUCAUGCUUUCAUAAUUUUCCUCUAACCGGUAAAAUCAGUGUUAAAAAUUAGUCAUUCGUCGCACAUUGGUUGUUGACGAUUCCCAAAUAUAAAUGACUCAAACAACAAUAACACUUUUUUGCAGCAAACUGUAUCAGAAUAACAUUAAAGUUAAUAGUAAGUUGCGAAUAAUUUUUGUGUCUUUUUAUUUUAUUUUUGAAUGAAAUUGAAUGAAUGAAUUUUAAUUAAUUUUGCUGUGCGUUUCUUCUCUUACAUAUUUGAAUGCAGCUUUCGCGUUCAUCGGCUAUGGGCAAAUGGUGAAUUCGAGAGUGUCUUGGUACAAAAAUCACAAAGAGAUUUUACUUGGAAGCGGAAAUCAAUUAUAUUUUUUAUGCAGCCAGCGGUCAUUCCUUGUCGGGAUUUUUGGGCUUUUUGAAAAAUCCCGUAGCUUUCAUAGUUUAAGCGCAAACAUUUUCAGAUCAAACUGUUAGAUUGUCUUCUUUUCGGACACCCGGCAUUGAAAGUUUUCAUUAUAUAGCAGCCCCAGUUUUUAAUACAAAGUCAUGUUCUCAUCAGGGCAAAAAUGCAUGUCCAACGUGGUGGUCUUUAUAUGGAGACCUGUUUUAAUAUAAUAACAAAAUCCUCCUGUGGAUUCAUGUACAUUUACACUAUAGAACAUUCGCCUAUAAUUCUUCUUUAUUCUGGCAAUUUUUGCACCACACCCUAGACAUAAAAGAAUGGGAAUUGCAGAACACUCCCUGGACUUAACCGGUUAAUAAACUGUAAAAAUCGAGACAGUUUUGGUGGCUUUUUCAGGCUACAAAGGCACAGUUUAUACUGAUAUCGAGCUGUAAAGUUUCCGCUCCCUUGCUUGCCUAGACCAUAUUGUGCCUCUUUAUUAUUUUUUUGUUUAAGUCUAAUAUUCGCAGUUAAAAAUAAUAUUUAUUUUGCACACUCGUUGAUGGGGUUUCUGGCACAGGCAGACAUGCAAAUUAAAAGAUAAAUGAUAAUAAUGGGCUCAAAGGAAAACCUGUCGUCAGCUAGCAAACAACUUGUUCUCAGGACCUCCCUUGAGCCGAUUCUUAAUUAACUUCACUAUAAUUAAUAAUUAAAUGAUUUGCUGGACAAUUUCCAGGUUGUUAUAGCACGCGUUAAUCGAACGAGCGAUGGUUUUGGACAGCUUAAUUUGUUUUCAUUAGGCCGAUAUUAAUUCGCGCUAGACUGGGAGUUCAGAAACAUGCAACCAUUUGCCGAAUUAGGCAUACCGUAUGGCCGUGCCGAAGAACUUUUAUUAUUCAACAGAAUGAAUUCAUCAUUAACAUUUGAAUCAUAAGUAGGGCAAUUUCUAUUUCAAUUGUACACUCAAUACGUCCAUCAUCGCAGUAUCAGUGUUCAUUGAAUAAUUUCGAAUGAAGAAUUACUUCUUCGGCCAGUAAUAUUAAAAAGCAAACAGUUUUCAUUUCUUGACGGUCUAAAUAACACCGUUAAGUGCACAUUGUCCUGGUUUAGGAUUAUUAUUAAAUGUAGCUAUAAUUUGGUGCAAGUCAACCAUACCCGCAUGAACUAUUUUUUAUUUAAUACUAUGCAAACUUGGUUUUAGUGUAGUGCAUUUGAUUCGGAAAACCUUAGGGCAUACGAUGACAAUGCUAAAACUUAAGAAAACAGGCUCAGGUGAGCGCAAUAAUGCAAAUACCUAUCAGCCAUUCAUCUUGAUUUGUAAUUUAUUAUCCUAACUAGGCAAUUAUUCAUAUUAAGACACGAUUAAGAUUUGUUGUAUGCGUUUGAAUCAUUUGGUUUAUGUACAAGGUGUUUCACUAUAAAAGCGCACUGGGAAGUUAGUAUUAAAUUAAAAAAGUUUAGCGCUUUUAUAGUGGGCUUUUUAUAGUGCUUUUAUAUAAGCAACGGUUUUUUUUUUAAAUAAUCGCGUAUUUUGGCAACAUUUCUACUUGUGUGUGGAUGUCACAAUGAAGACGCCAAUUAGCAUAGUUUCUGCUUAAAUUUAUGAAGAUUAUUAGUAUAGUGUUUUGUAAUAAAUUGUGUUCGGCGAUAUAGUUUUUUUGAUUAUAUAUGCGACGAUAUGGGGUAUGUUUCGUUAUAUUCGAUUAGUAGGUAUUUUUACUACUAUUUUCUAAACAAGAUCUAAAUUAAAAUAGUAAUAGACAUAAAAAGAAACAAGCAAAAUUAAUAAAUUCUGAAGGAAAGAAAUCAACUAAUUGAUUUAAUGAAUAGAGCUUUGCACGUUUGUCUCUAUUUCUUGUUGCGAAUGUUUUUCCGUAAAUUGCCAGAACGGAAUUGAUAUUUGUCGAUGUCCAGACCAGAAAUUGACUUGGUGAUUUCGGUAGUCGAUAAAUGGGGCCUACUUUUAAAUACUUUAAUUUGGUUUCAUUUCCGCAACUUCUUUUCCUGAAGUAAUUUUUUUGGCUUAAGCAAAAAUGUUCGUCUUUAUGUUGUUAGAACGCGUCUGUUUCGUUUCUUAUUCGAUUACUAUUUCAACCAGUAUUUUCUAAACAAGAUCUAAAUUACAAUAGUAAAAUAGACAUAAACAUAAACAAGCAAAAUUAAUAAAUUCUGAGAAAAAGCUACUAAUUGAUUCGAUAAAUAGCGCUUUGCAAGUUUGAUUACAAUGUUGUUGUGAAUGUUCUUUUGAAAAUUGCCAGAACGAAAUUGAAAUUUGUCGAUAUCCAGACCAGAAAUUGACUUGGUGAUUUCGGUAGUCGAUAAAUGGGGCCUACUUUUAGAUACUUAGCGAAUUUGGUUUCAUUUCCGCAACUGCUUUUCCUGAAGUUAAUUUUUUGGUUUAAG